AUGCUGGCUGGGAGAAAUUCAAGGAUAUCAUCGAAACCAGGUCGCUCCAACUCCUUGCAGGAGGAGGUGCACCAGAACUUGCUGAUGAACUCGAAUGGACAUUUGUGGAAACCCCAGAUAGUCUUGAUGGUGCGACCAUCCCACAACUUCGCGCUCGCUUCCAAGUAUGGGCUCCUCGUGCAACUGGUAGAAGAGAACCUGGAAGCAAAUCCAGACGAAUCGCACUAUACGGCUUCGAGGUAUAUCUACUUCGUUCAAGUCGACGCUGACUCGCUGCGCAGUGUCGUCUAUGACUCGCCGCAACCUCCUUACCUCGAUAGCGACGAUGAAUUCGAUCCUGGUGAUGGCUUUCUGAGCUUCGCUUAUCGGUGGUCGCUAGAUACACCCGACGCAGGUGAGGAGGUGGAGGCUGAGAACCGUUCCGGUGGUGACGAGGACUGCACACUUGAGGACGCAGGGUGGAUGAGGGUGCCUGCGCACAUGGUUGGCUCACAGUUAUACACUGUCCUUACCGAAGACUCGUGGUAUGAUCACUACGUGCUUCCACCCUGA